AAUUGGAGGCGUGUGCUGGAGCGUUGGGAGCGCGCAGAGGAAGGGAGGGCAAUCUUGUCCGGACGCUAAUAAGACCCAAUGGCUGGUGCAAGGUGGCCAGGAGCGCCGGGACGCGACAGGAGACGGUGGUUGAAGGAGAGGAAGAGGAAGAAAAGCGCCCAGCCGCGCGGACGACGGGGAUGGGAGCGCCACGCGAGCGUGCGUAGGAGCCGUCGCGCGUGAGCUGCGCGUCGCUUCGUGUGCGUCGACGGGGAAGCUGCGUGGAGAGAAGCGUGAUGAGAAACCUUCAACCUGCUCACUCACCGGGCUGCAGCUCCUCAGUGCAGUAAACACAGCUGGAACGUCAGCUUUAGCACCUUUCAUUGACCUUUUGACUUGAGUCUCAUUUCGAAAGUUUACCUAUUGCGACAUUUAGUGGAUUUUCAAAAUAAAACCCUCAACACAGACACUCCAUGAGUUGGUAUGGGCCAAGAUUUCAGCGUCAUUCACGUGAGCCACUGACUCCUGGGAGCCGCACGCCUCCCCAAUGAAGCAGUCCUGGUGGGCCCGCCUGGCCCAGCUCUGCCUGCUGGCUGCCUGGACCUGCAUCUGGCUGGUCCAGGGAUGCGGGCCGGGCCCUGGCUACGGCAUCCGGCCCCGGCACAGGAAGCUCGCGGCCAUGCACUACAAGCAGUUUUUCCCCAACUUCUCGGAGAACAACCUCGGGGCCAGCGGGAGAGCGGAGGGCAAGGUCACGCGCAACUCGGAGCGCUUCAACGAGCUCGUGUGCAACUACAACCCGGACAUCGUCUUCAAGGAUGAGGAGAACACGAACGCAGACCGCUUCAUGACCAAGCGAUGCAAGGACUGUUUGAACAGGCUGGCGAUCGCGGUGAUGAACCAGUGGCCGGGGGUCCACUUACGUGUGACGGAGGCCUGGGACGAGGACGGCCACCACCCCCCCGGCUCUCUGCACUACGAGGGCCGGGCUGUGGACAUAACCACCGAUGACCGAGAAACGGACAAGUACGGCCUCCUCGCCCAGCUGGCGGUGGAAGCUGGCUUUGACUGGGUCUACUACGAGUCCAAAUAUCACGUCCACUGUUCAGUAAAGGCUGAUCACUCGGUUGCAGUGGAAAAAGGAGGCUGUUUCCCAGGCUGGGCCCGGGUGACUGUAGCUGGAGGGAGACAGAGGAGUCUGUCAUCACUGGCUCCUGGGGACAGAGUCCUGGCCGUGUCUGAGACGGGUCAAGUUGUGUUUAGCCAAGUGCUCCUGUUUCUGCACUGGGAUCAAGAAAGCAGCUCUAGCUUUCUGUCUCUGGAGACGGUGGACAACCACAGACUGACCCUCACCCCCAAUCACUUGGUCUUUUUAGCUGCCCAGUGCAGACUCGACACCGGCGGCUACCGGGCUCAGUUUGCCAGCAGAGCCAGGCCGGGGGACUGUGUUCUCAUCCACACAGCACCGGGCCAAGUGCACCCGUCGCAAAUCAUCUCGGUUUCCGUGGAGGAGAGUGUGGGAGUGUAUGCGCCCCUCACGCAAUCUGGAACUCUGUUCGUUGAGGGAGUGCUGGUGUCCAGCUAUGCACUGGUGGAGGACCACAGACUGGCUCACCGGGCAUUCGGACCUCUGCGGCUUCUCCUCUCAUUCAGCCAGCUACUUUGGCGGGGGGUGGCGAACGAGCAGCAGACGAGCGACGGCAACGCAGCUUGCACCGGGACUCCGUUUCUUUGCAGCACUCGGGUAAUAAAGGACAAGGCAGACGCUCAUGUGAGUGAGCAAACAGCAAGCAAACGAGACAAUCUGAGUGAGCCUCUGAGGACGGGGGGCGACAGGAAGCGCGCGAGCGUGAGGAGGCAGACUCCACAUGUGCACUGGUAUGCUAGGUUACUGUACAGUCUGGGAUGCUUAUUCUUAGAUUCCAACUCAUUCCAAACUUAAAGCUAAAGCUGUUGACUUACAUUAACACUUCCUGUUCUAAAUAUAUUAAAAGCAUUGGAACAA